AUGGAGGGGAGGCCACGGAGGAGGUCGCGGGGCGGCGCACGCCCGGUGGCCGGGCGGGUCCCCGAGUCCCGGCCCUCCGCGUCCCGGCCCUCCGCGUCCCGGCCCUCCGCGACAGCGCCCGCGGAGUCCUGGGGAGCGAAGCUCUGGCUCUUCCCCAGCGCCGCCGGGCUGCGCAGCGCGCUGUCCAAGAGGCCCGAGGCGACACGCCAGAUGUGCUGCACGCGCCGGCGCCUGGCGGUGCUGGAGCGCGGCGGGGCGGGCGUCGAGGUCCACCAGCUGCCGGCGGGGAGCGACGGCGCCAGGAAGCCGAAGUGCAUUAAGUUAGGGAAAAAAAUGAAGAUACAUUCCAUGGACCAAGGAGAAGAGCACAUGCUGGUUCUAUCCUCAGAUGGAAAACCAUUUGAGUACAAGUAUAGCAUAGAACAUGCAAGGUUUCAGUGCAUUUUACAAGAAAAAAAUAUAAUUCAGAUCACAUGUGGAGAUUAUCAUUCUCUUGCACUCUCAAAAGGUGGUGAGCUUUUUGCUUGGGGACAGAACUUAGAUGGCCAGCUUGGAGUUGGAAGAAUAUUUGCCUCAACUUCCACACCGGAGAUUGUGGAGAACCUCUCAGGAGUCCCCUUGGUUCAGAUUUCUGCAGGAGAAGCCCACAGCAUGGCCUUAUCCAUGUCCGGAAAUGUUUACUCUUGGGGAAGAAAUGAUUGUGGACAGCUGGGCCUGGGCCACACCUACAAUAAAGAUUCUCCUUCCUGUAUUGAAGCACUGGAUGAUCAGAAAGUUGAAUUUCUUGCUUGUGGUAGCUCUCACACUGCCCUGCUCACAAAGAGUGGACUGGUAUUUACUUUUGGUGAUGGAAAGUACGGGCAACUCGGUCACAAUUCAACACAGAAUGAGUUAAGACCCUGUUUGGUAGCUGGGCUUGUUGGAAAUAGAGUGACCCAGAUAGCAUGUGGAAGGCAGCACACACUUGCCUAUGUUUCUGAUGUGGGAAAGGUCUUUUCUUUUGGUUCUGGAAAAGAAGGACAACUGGGAAACGGUGGGACAUUUAAUCAGCUGACACCACGUCCCAUGAAAUUGCCAUCAAGUGAAGAACUCAAAUCUGAAAGCAGCACAUCAGUAAAGGAGUUAAUAAUGGUUGCUGGAGGGAAUCAAAGCAUUUUGAUGUGGAUGGAAAAAGAGAAUUCCUAUGUGAAUCUGAGGAGGAAAAUUCCUACCUUGAAUGAAGGCACUGUAAAGAGAUGGAUUGCAGAUGUGGGGACUAAACAGUGGCAAAAUACAAAAAGGGAAAUAAGAGAGAUAUUUUCAUCUCCUGCGUGUCUGACUGGAAGUUUUUUAAGGGAAAGAAUAGAUGGAGAAAUGAUAUCUAUUCAUUUGGACUUGAAUGCAGCAAGGAAUACCUUUAAGGAGUUAACCCAAAAGGACUGGAUUACUAACACGAUAACCUCAUGUCUCAGGGAUAAUCUGCUCAAAAAUCUUCCAUUUAAUUCUCCACACCAAGAAGCUUUAGAAGUUUUCUUCCUUCUCCCAGAAUGUCCUGUGAUGCAUGAUAGUAACAACUGGGAGAGCCUGGUGGUUCCAUUUGCAGAAGCUGUUAAUAAAAUGAAUAACCAGAUUUCAAGAGUUCUGGAGGAAUAUUGGGCAUCUCUGAAAGAAUCUCCUUUCAUCAGUCUGGUCCAGAUGUUUAAAAGAGCCGUCGUUGCUCAACUGCAUUAUUGGACUGAAAGUUCUGAGAAUAACAAUCACAUUAAAGCUCUUCUAGAAGUGUUGAAAAAGCUGUAUAGGGUAAACCAGACUAAAUGUCAACUGCCUGAAAAUAUCUUUGAAAUAAAUGAACUCACACAGUGGCUUGAUUUUUAUGUAGAUGCAUAUAGAAGGUCCUCCUGGAAAGUGGACUCAGACAUUUCAGUAGACAUCGAGUAUCCUGUCAUAUUCAGUCGUUUUCCAUUUAUCUUUAAUAUUCUGUCGAAAAUAAAACUACUGUAUGCAGACUCACUUUUAAAAGUACAGGAGAAGAAAUUUCAAGCUUGUAUGAGGUUGGCUGGCAUUGUGGACCAAGAAGGGUCUGCAUUAUCUUUACUGCCCACCUUUAAUCUGAUAGUCAGAAGGAGUCACUUGAUUGAGGAUGUUUUUAAUCAGCUAAAUCAGUUUGAAAAUGAAGAUCUGAGGAGGGAGUUAAUGGUUUCAUUUAGUGGAGAAAUUGGAUAUGAUUUUGGAGGAGUCAGGGCAGAGUUUUUCUACUGUCUCUUUCAAGAAAUGACCCGGCCAGAAUAUGGAAUGUUCACGUAUCCUGAAGAGGCUUCCUACAUGUGGUUUCCUGUCAGGCCUAAAUUUGAAAAUAAGAGUUAUUUCUUCUUUGGACUUCUAUGUGGACUUUCUCUAUUCAAUUGUAAUGUUGCCGACAUCCCUUUUCCACUGGCUCUGUUUAAGAAACUUUUGGACCAAACGCCAUCACUAGAAGACUUGAAAGAACUCAGUCCUGUUUUGGGAGAGAGUUUGCAGACACUUCUGGAUGAUGACGGCGAUGACUUAGAAGAAGUAUUUCACAUCCAUUUUAAUGUGCAUUGGGACAAAAAUGAUGUAGACUUAAUUCCUGACGGAAGUCACGUAAUUGUUGACCAGACUAACAAGAGAGACUAUGUUUCUAAGUAUGUCAAUUACAUCUUCAACAUCUCUGUAAAGGCAGUUUAUGAGGAGUUUCAAAGAGGAUUUUACAAAGUGUGUGACAAGGAGAUUAUUGAAUUUUUCCAUCCCGAACAACUUAAGGAUGUGAUUAUCGGAAAUACAGAUUACGACUGGGAAACAUUUGAAAAGAAUGCACAUUAUGAACAUGGAUACGACAGUUCACAUCCCACCAUAGUGAUGUUUUGGAAAGCUUUACACAAAUUGACUUUGGAGGAAAAGAAAAAAUUCCUUGUGUUUCUUACAGGAACUGACAGAAUUCAAGUAAAAGGUGUAAAGAACAUGAAAAUAACAUUUUGCUGUCCUGAAACUUUGAAUGAAAAAGAUCCCAUAAGAGCACAGACAUGUUUUAGUGUCCUCUACCUCCCUAAGUAUUCUACAAUGGAAAGAGUAGAAGAAGCACUCCAAAUGGCCAUCAACAACAGCAGAGGAUUUGGCUGA